CCUGAAAAGGUCAUAAUGUAUUUCCGGUUAGACGCUAUUGGUGGAAACAGUUUCGUGUUUUGUAACCGUGUUGCACAAACUCUUUUGUAACUGUUAAAUGCUGGUUGUUAAAUGUUGCUCAGCUGACUGUAAUGCAGCUUUGUUUGCCGGGAAGAUAAUAAAGUGAGACCGCAGUCCGCCUCCAGCAGCCUCUUGUCCGGCUCUUGCUGCAGGAUGUCCUCGGUGCCCAAAGUGAGACUGGCCGGAGGUCUGGAGGUGUGCCGGGUCCUGAACGGGAUGUGGCAGGUGUCCGGAGCCCACGGGGCGGUGGAUAAAUCCCGGGCAGUGGAGGCCAUGCAGGCCUAUGUGGACGCUGGUCUGACGACAUUUGACAUGGCGGACAUUUAUGGGCCUGCGGAGGAAAUAUUUGGACAGUUCAACAGCCAGCUGAAGUCCAGGUUUCCUGGCCACGCCGCCCCAGCCCUGCAGAGUCUGACCAAAUAUGUGCCGAGACCGGGACCGAUGGAGCGCAAGGUGGUGGAGAAGGCUCUGCAGCGCUCUAUGGCCCGAAUGCAGGUGGACAAGCUGGACUGUGUUCAGUUUCACUGGUGGGACUACAGAGACAAGAGAUACCUGGAAGCACUGGGACACCUGUCUGACCUGCAGCAGGACGGAGUCAUACGCGAGCUCUCCCUCACUAACUUUGACACUCAGACGAUGGAGGAGAUCACCAGCCGAGGCAUCCGCAUCUCCAGCAACCAGGUUCAAUACUCUGUGGUUGACCAGCGACCUGCAGCGAAGAUGGAGCAGUUCUGUUUGGCCAAUAACAUUCAGCUCCUCACUUACGGCACGCUGGCUGGCGGCCUGCUCUCCGAACGCUAUCUGGGCAGGGCGGAGCCUACCUCCAGGGCGGAGCUCGACACCGCGUCCCUCUCCAAGUACAAGAAGAUGAUCGACGCUUGGGGUGGCUGGAGUCUUUUCCAGGAGCUCCUCGUCACCUUGGAGACCGUUGCCGAGAGACAUGCCUGCUCAUUGGCCUGCGUGGCAACGCGCUACGUGCUGGACCGCCCCGCGGUGGGCGGGGUCAUUGUUGGUUGCCGGCUGGGCGUCGCAGGGGCGGGGCAGCACAUCGGUGACAGCCUGCACAGCUGCAGUCCAGACCUGAAGCUGACGGCUGAAGAUCUCGCCGCCAUAGAAGCUGUGACACGUCGCUCCAGGGACCUCAUGACUCUCAUCGGAGACUGUGGAGACGAGUACAGGAGCUAAAAGAGGGGGGAGGGAGGAACUGACUGACAAGAUGUGACAGAUCAGUCAGGAGUAAAAAAAAAAAAAAAAAAAAAAAA